UGGAGAAACAUGCAUUGCAUUGGGAGUUGUGGACAUUUACAUGAGCCGAAAAGAGAUUUGACGGUCGUGUAAGCUGGAAAUAGCAGAGGAAAAGAGAACGGAGAGGGUCUCCGAAGGCGAGAAGUCCACCUGGAGCGUUCAAAGAAUGAAUUAGCUGAAAGUGUAUCUGCCCCGUUUCCAGCCAGAGAGAAGGCUCACUUCUUGGCCCCAUAAGAGCCAGGCCUACGCCCAUGGAUGAGGAGAGGAGUGCCACUGCCAUCUCCCCAGAGCCACCUGAUGAGGGGGACCCCAGUCUACCAGCUCCACAACCCAAUUCACAAGCAACCUCAACAGAAGAGCGUGCAAAUAGCUGCCCAAAGCUAAAGCCCUGUCUUAGUCCAGAUGUGGCACACAUUUAUACCGAGCCCCUCAUAUUGAGGUUAAAUGGCACCCCAGAAAAGUUGCAAGACGAUGAUGGAGACAAGUGGAGCAGCAGCCUGUCACACUCGGAGCUUACAACACCCAACAAGAGCAUCAGAUCUCAACCAGCAGCCAGAUCCACGUUCAGCCACCACACCCAGCCAUGUCGGAUGCAGCCCAACAGCCAACUACGCAACGGAGCCAAACACCACACAUACUCUUCUCAAACGCACUGUACGCAUUACACACACACCCUCCAGUCCAACGGGGUCAGGAACGGAGGCCCUCUUGAGCAUCCUAAACUCGGCUUCCUCCCGAGAGGCGGCUCAUCCACAUCCUCCUCUUCUUCAGCGGGACCCAAACACACCAAGAAAUUACAGUCCAAUCCCUCCAUCACUUCCCAAAGCAGCAAAAGAAGCAAGAGCAGCUCCAAGAGCAAUAGCUCUCAGAUGCCCACAAAAGCACAAGACGACUGCUGUGUUCACUGUAUUCUGGCCUGCCUCUUUUGUGAGUUCCUAACUCUGUGUAACAUAGUCCUGGACUGUGCCACCUGUGGCUCCUGCGCGGGGGACGAUUCGUGUUUCUGCUGCUGCUGUGCAUCGGAGGAGUGUGGCGACUGUGAUCUGCCCUGUGACAUGGACUGUGGCAUUAUCGACGCAUGCUGUGAGUCUGCAGACUGCCUUGAGAUCUGUAUGGAGUGCUGCAGCCUUUGCUUCUCUUCCUGAGGGCCCCAACCACCACCACAGGGGGGCAAAGUAGAUGUAUGCUACACUCCCACAAGCCCAGGAACAACUUUGACCAAAGUCUUAUCAGAGCGGAGAAGCACUUCAUCCAGUCUUUGUUGCCUGUGCUCCUUGGUUUACACUAUAUUGGCUGGCCUAGUUGGCUCCACAAUAUGUCCAAUGUUUCUUACAAGGUUUGCCCACCAAAACAUGCUGAGAGCAGUCUCUUGUGAAUUAUUCCCUCUUUUAUUGACGGGCCUUGACUUUGCUGUCGGUCUAUUGCUGCACAGCUGGAUGUACGGGGCAGAUUGAGUUCCAGCUAUGGUCCACAACUGCAUGCCAGGCUCUGCGGACCGGGCCUCUGGACCCUCUCAGAACAAGCUAUUAUCACAAUGGAGCCUCUUGUGCCGUCUGAGUGACUGGAGUUCUCCAAGCAUGAAAAAUGACCUCCAAAGGCAAAUGAGAGAAUGGCUCCAUUUAACCGGAUUUUAGUGUUUCUGUAGAUAAGAACAGCAACAUAAUGGGAAAAUGGACGCUCAGAUCUCGGAAGAAAUGUAGUGUGUCGUCCUGUCCUUGGUAAGGUUAAAGUCUUCCAGUUUAAUUGCAUACAGUGGCCUUUGUGACCAACACACACAUACACACCAAAGAGAGGAUGUUAAAUCCACCGCCGUCUUUAUUCUUGUUUCAACGUACAAAAUGGAGAAAAUGUUAAUGGUGGCUUGUGGCAAUAUUAUACACACAUUUAUUUUACUUACACGAUCUCACUUGAUGGACUUAUUCGGAGACAAAUCAUGAGAAAAUGGGUCCAAUUAAAGAUGGGUGGAAUUAAAUAAGUAAUGUCGGUGAUGGACAUCAGAGCGAAUGGUUGAUAGCAUAUGUCAUGGACACAUGCUCUGCUCUUAACAUGUGAAGGGAGAGCGUUCUUAAUCAAAGGUCUCUCCUCGUUUAAUGUUUCACAUCUUUAACAUUGUUUACUUUGAGGGGCUUCGGCUUUAUUUAGUAGAUUCCUCCUCGUCUGACUUGUCAGAGCUGGUCACAGACUGGUAGAGGAUUGGGAGUCAUCAUCUCUUUUUUAAUACGUUACAUUUUUCUUUGUGGUUGCUAUGUGAACAAAUGGCCUUGGCUUAGCUUAAGGCCUGAAUUUUAAAGUAAAUGUCUUGCCUUUACCAAAUCUCUAUUAAUCCUUGUUUUGUAGAUUUCGGUUAAGAUAUUUGCAUUUCUCCUCUAAUGUGAAAAUCACAUUUCUGUGUUAUCGGGUUUUUGCCGGGCUCUCUGUAAAGCAGACAUCGCUCAACAUCUAAUUUAAUUCCUUGAGUGAAAAUCUCACGAAUUAUGCUAAAAUAAAUCCAUAUGCUCGUAGUGUGAAUGGUACGCUUUUGAUAACAGGCCCGCACUCAUCUGCUCAGAUGCUAAACUUCUCCAACCCAAUACCUCUUGAGAUGACGCCUAGAUCUGUUGUGAAUUUUAAAAAGACUUGAUACAAAUCUCUCUCCUCUCUGAUCAAAUACUGUUUGAGUAAUCCCUUUCUCUUGGAAAUACCAAAGAGUGUUUUCCUCUAACUGGACCUACAAUAACUUUUACUUUAAAUGGUCUUUGCUAUGCUUAUGUGGCUGUGGUUGAUUAAACCCUAUUUUAAGGGCUGAACUAUAAGACUGUUGAUAUAAAUAUACUUUAAGACUCUAAAUUAACCUGAUGACACCGAAACUGCAACAAAUGCAACUUGAGAAAAUAAUAAUACUAUUCAUGUCAGUUUAUAUCACAAUGCAUUUGUUUUACAUUUUGACAUGUUGUAACUAAACUGAGAAAAAAUACUGGACCGCCCUGGAAAGCAAUGCUUUUUUUUUUUUUUACACUACAAAGAGAUUCAUGAAGGGAGAACUGGAGUUUAUAGUGUUCUAUAUAAAUGUGAAAACAAUAUCAUUUGUUUGGUUUUUACUACACUCCAAGUGCAGAUUCUGACAACGUUGUUUCAUCCAAAGACAUGUUCUCUGUCAUCAGACCAAGCUCAUCACAAAAACAUGAGGGGUGAACUGUGAUACAUUUCUGGGGUGGUUGCAAGUUUGAAACCAAAAUAUAAAUUCCCCGACAAACGUAGUUAGCUGCAACAAGCUGACAGUUUACUUUGAUUUCAUGCAAACCACUUUGUUAAUGAGUGUAGAAAUAUGAAUACGUAUUUACAAAUGUUUUUUAUUGCACAAUUUUAAACUAAAACAAUAGGUUCACUGUGUAUUUACUCAUCCCAACUGAAGUGAUAUUUCCUAUCAAUCAUGCUUGUUGAAGUUUCAAGAAUAUUAUACUGCCACUUCUCACUUGACUCAAAUACAGCUCGAAGGGGCAAUUUUUUUUAAACAAAAUCUAUAUAUAUUUUUUACAAAGGGGAAGUUUAUUGAUUGUAUUUGUUUUUCAGCAAAUAAGUAACUGGAGGAAUAAACUCAACAAAAACCUGUGCAAGACAGCAUGUUUUUCAAAUCUCUUUUUCACAGUAGCACAUAUAUACACGUCUGAACGUCCUGUGGGGUUCCUGGUUUCCAAAAGUAUCUCCACUUGAGUUUUUGAACAGGUCCUAUUCGACUGUGAAGCACAGUCAGAAGGGGUAGCAGACUUGUAAGUCUGUCAAUACUACAGCUAACUUAUGCCAUGCAAUAUAAAUCAUGUACAAGAACAUUUUAAUAAGGUCUGGAUUGAAAAACAGUGAACACAUCAUUUGAGUUUUAUUUAAUGAUGUUGGAAUAAUAUUUUAUGACCUGAUCAUUAAAUACUACAUUAUGUCUAUACAGAGAAGUGCCUAACACUUUGAGGAGAAUGGAGGCAGUCGAGAAGGAUAGAAAAACCUGAUUGUUUGGUCUGGAGAUGGAGAAGCCUGGCUGGAUGAAGAAAGUCCUGAGUUGAACGACGUCCUUACAUUUAGGUCAUUCUCUGGAUUCUGGAAAUGUUUUGGAGAUAUGGAUUUGAUGUAUUGUUUGUACCAGACAGGUAAUCUCCAAAUAUUUAUCUUGAACUCAGUCAAACUAUUAUAGUAAUACUGGAAGAAAACAAGUUUACUUUCAGUGUUGUCCAUACAGUAUUAUCAGUAUUUUUAUUAGUAUUAAGUUGACUACAGAACUUUCUAACCGUUGCCUUUCAUGGAUUUAUUAUCUUAUUAUGAGAUGUAAUUUGGAUAUUGAUUUAAAGAGCUGGCCACCUCUGCUAGUAUCCGAACCCAGCUGAAUUGUAACUAGACUGUAGUCGACUAUAAUGUAAUUGUGUUUACACUACCCCCUUUUUAUGUCAAUUUGAAUUGCUGUCCUGGAUGUCACAUUAACUCUUCUCUUACUUUAAAACCGAAUAAACAAUGUGAAUUCCA